AUGCCACAGUGUUGUGCAGUGCCUAUGUGUGCAAAUAAAAAAGGAGGGCAUAAGUUCCCUACAGAAGAUAAAAACCGAUUAAAACAGUGGCUUGUAGCCAUUCGCAGAGAUAAAUUUACUCCAACGAAAAAUAGCCUCGUUUGCAAAAGCCACUUCACAAAGGAUGAUUACCAGCUACCGAAGGACUCAGUAUUAGAAAAACCCAGGCCUGUGUUGAAAAAAUGUGCAGUGCCAAGUCGAUUCCCAUGGAUUGACCAAAAUUCUAGUUUGCAUCAAAAAAAGAAGGAGCGGCAUCAAAGGCGUUUGGCGCGAAAUGAAAGGAAAAUUAGUGUCCAAGUACACAUAAACAAUGAAAAAGAGAAGGAUGACACCUUCCUCAUGGAAACUACAAACUUUUUCGAAGUAGAAAUUGAAUUCGAGAAGAAACAGAAUGAUGUUGGUAUCCAAUGUGAUUUAUGUGGAAGUGAUAAUCUCAAAACACUUAAAGAAUGUCUUCAAAAUGAAAAUAAAAAUAAAAAAUCUUCAAUUGCAAAUGUGCUAGAUAUAACCAAUGCGGCCGAAGUACAGUUUUAUACUGGUUUCCAAGAUUAUGAACAUAUCAAAUUCAUAUUUAGUAUUUUUGGAGAUGAAGUAAAUUGUUUAAAAUAUUAUCCUCAACUGAAAACAUUGAAGGUGCCGUUUCUAAACCCUUGUGAUCAAUUCCUUCUAGUGUUAAUUAAAUUACGCCGGAACAUGCUAUUUACAGAACUCGCCUUUCGAUCGAAGAUUAAUAAAACGGUACUAAGUAACAUUUUCAUAACAUGGAUCAAUUACUUAUAUUGUAAAUUGAAAGAGUUAAAUGUUUGGGUGCCAAAACAAUGCAUAGAUAAAAAUAUGAAAUACUAUGGCAAGAUUAAUCCAUGCACUGUGAUAGUAGAUUGCACGGAAAUAAAAAUAGAGAAGCCCAAAAAUCCACUUACACAACAGCUUACAUAUUCCACUUACAAAUCAGCAAAUACUCUAAAAGUUUUAAUUGGGAUUUCAGCAUCAGGCUGCGUUACAUUUGUAUCCGAUGCAUAUGGUGGAUCUACGAGUGAUCGUGAAUUGUUUGAAAAAUGUGGACUUAUUGAUAAACUUGAACCUAAUGAUAUCAUUUUUAGUGACCGUGGCUUUAAUGUACAAGACCUAGUGUGCCAUAAAGAUGUUACAGUUAAUGUGCCAGAAUUUUUAAAAAAUACUGAUGGACAAUUUGAGACUUCUCAACUGACAAGGUCAAAAAAUAUAUCUUCAGAACGGAUACACGUUGAAAGGGUCAUUGGUUUGGCUAAAACUUUUAAGAUCUUAAGCGGCAAGUUGGAUUCAAAAUUGGUGCCUUUAGCAGAUAGAAUAAUAUUUGUAUCUGCAGCGACACUUUACUACGACGAUAAUACAGCUGCAGCGACACUUUACUACGACGACAAUACAGCUGCAGCGACACUUUACUACGACGAUAAUACAGCUGCAGCGACACUUUACUACGACGACAAUACAGCUGCAGCGACACUUUACUACGACGAUAAUACAGCUGCAGCGACACUUUACUACGACGAUAAUACAGCUGCAGCGACACUUUACUACGACGAUAAUACAGCUGCAGCGACACUUUACUACGACGACAAUACAGCUGCAGCGACACUUUACUACGACGAUAAUACAGCUGCAGCGACACUUUACUACGACGAUAAUACAGCUGCAGCGACACUUUACUACGACGAUAAUACAGCUGCAGCGACACUUUACUACGACGACAAUACAGCUGCAGCGACACUUUACUACGACGAUAAUACAGCUGCAGCGACACUUUACUACGACGAUAAUACAGCUGCAGCGACACUUUACUACGACGACAAUACAGCUGCAGCGACACUUUACUACGACGACAAUACAGCUGCAGCGACACUUUACUACGACGACAAUACAGCUGCAGCGACACUUUACUACGACGAUAAUACAGCUGCAGCGACACUUUACUACGACGAUAAUACAGCUGCAGCGACACUUUACUACGACGAUAAUACAGCUGCAGCGACACUUUACUACGGCGAUAAUACAGCUGCAGCGACACUUUACUACGACGAUAAUACAGCUGCAGCGACACUUUACUACGACGAUAAUACAGCUGCAGCGACACUUUACUACGACGAUAAUACAGCUGCAGCGACACUUUACUACGACGACAAUACAGCUGCAGCGACACUUUACUACGACGAUAAUACAGCUGCAGCGACACUUUACUACGACGAUAAUACAGCUGCAGCGACACUUUACUACGACGAUAAUACAGCUGCAGCGACACUUUACUACGACGAUAAUACAGCUGCAGCGACACUUUACUACGACGAUAAUACAGCUGCAGCGACACUUUACUACGACGACAAUACAGCUGCAGCGACACUUUACUACGACGAUAAUACAGCUGCAGCGACACUUUACUACGACGACAAUACAGCUGCAGCGACACUUUACUACGACGAUAAUACAGCUGCAGCGACACUUUACUACGACGAUAAUACAGCUGCAGCGACACUUUACUACGACGAUAAUACAGCUGCAGCGACACUUUACUACGACGACAAUACAGCUGCAGCGACACUUUACUACGACGAUAAUACAGCUGCAGCGACACUUUACUACGACGACAAUACAGCUGCAGCGACACUUUACUACGACGAUAAUACAGCUGCAGCGACACUUUACUACGACGAUAAUACAGCUGCAGCGACACUUUACUACGACGAUAAUACAGCUGCAGCGACACUUUACUACGACGACAAUACAGCUGCAGCGACACUUUACUACGACGACAAUACAGCUGCAGCGACACUUUACUACGACGAUAAUACAGCUGCAGCGACACUUUACUACGACGAUAAUACAGCUGCAGCGACACUUUACUACGACGACAAUACAGCUGCAGCGACACUUUACUACGACGAUAAUACAGCUGCAGCGACACUUUACUACGACGAUAAUACAGCUGCAGCGACACUUUACUACGACGACAAUACAGCUGCAGCGACACUUUACUACGACGAUAAUACAGCUGCAGCGACACUUUACUACGACGACAAUACAGCUGCAGCGACACUUUACUACGACGAUAAUACAGCUGCAGCGACACUUUACUACGACGACAAUACAGCUGCAGCGACACUUUACUACGACGACAAUACAGCUGCAGCGACACUUUACUACGACGAUAAUACAGCUGCAGCGACACUUUACUACGACGACAAUACAGCUGCAGCGACACUUUACUACGACGAUAAUACAGCUGCAGCGACACUUUACUACGACGACAAUACAGCUGCAGCGACACUUUACUACGACGAUAAUACAGCUGCAGCGACACUUUACUACGACGACAAUACAGCUGCAGCGACACUUUACUACGACGACAAUACAGCUGCAGCGACACUUUACUACGACGAUAAUACAGCUGCAGCGACACUUUACUACGACGAUAAUACAGCUGCAGCGACACUUUACUACGACGACAAUACAGCUGCAGCGACACUUUACUACGACGAUAAUACAGCUGCAGCGACACUUUACUACGACGAUAAUACAGCUGCAGCGACACUUUACUACGACGAUAAUACAGCUGCAGCGACACUUUACUACGACGAUAAUACAGCUGCAGCGACACUUUACUACGGACGAUAA